CCGGAAGCGGGGGGCGGCAGCUUCCCGCCGCGCAUCUCGUCCCGGGCGCUGGGGCGCGGAGUGGCUGCCGCCGUCUAACGCAGGGACCGCGCCGCUGCCGCCGCCAUGGGUCGGGAGUCCAGGCACUACCGGAAGCGCUCAGCCUCCCGCGGCCGCUCGGGCAGCCGCUCCCGCAGCCGCUCGCCGUCCGACAAGCGAGGGAAGCGUGAGGACAGGCGCUCCAGGAGCCGGGAGCGCGACCGCCGGCGCGACAGGUCCCGCAGCAGGGACAAGAGGAGGUCCCGGUCCCGCGACAGGAAGCGCCAAAGGCGUUCCCGCAGCAGGGAGAGGGAGCGGAGCCGAGAGAGGAGAAGGUCCCGCAGCCGAGAGAGGAGGCGCUCCAGGAGCAGGAGCAGAGGCAGAAGGUCUCGAUCCUCCAGUCCCAGCAAGAGCAGGAAAGCAGAGAACAGAUCAAGAUCUAAAGAGAAGACAGACGGAACAGAAGUUUCCAAAGAAAAGAAAAAAGACAAAGAUGACAAAGAAGAGGAGAAGGAGAAAGAUGCUACCACAAAUGCUGUGGCCACAGAGAAUUUUGAUCAGAACAAGCUAGAGGAAGAAAUGAGGAAACGGAAGGAAAGAGUGGAGAAGUGGAGGGAGGAGCAACGCAAGAAGGCCAUGGAAAACAUAGGAGAACUGAAAAAAGAAAUUGAGGAGAUGAAACAAGGGAAGAAAUGGAGUCUGGAAGAUGACGAUGAUGAUGAAGAGGAAACUGCAGAAGGAGAAAAGGAAGGCAAUGAGGUUGAGGAUGAAGAGUUAGAUCCUUUGGAUGCUUACAUGGAAGAAGUGAAAGAAGAGGUCAAGAAGUUCAAUAUGAGGAGUGUGAAAGGUGGAGGUGGGAGUGAAAAGAAAACCGGACCAACUGUGACCAAAGUAGUGACUGUGGUGACGACCAAAAAGGCAGCUGUGGAGUCCGAGAAGAAGAAGGGGGAGCUCAUGGAGAACGACCAAGAUGCAAUGGAGUAUUCCUCAGAAGAGGAGGAAGUUGAUCUUCAGACUGCCCUGACUGGCUAUCAGACCAAGCAGAGAAAGCUGCUGGAACCAGUGGAUCAUGGGAAGAUAGAAUAUGAACCUUUCAGGAAAAACUUCUAUGUGGAAGUACCGGAACUGGCCAAAAUGACUCAGGAAGAGGUGAAUGUGUACAGGCUGGAGCUGGAGGGCAUUACAGUCAAGGGAAAAGGCUGCCCCAAACCAAUAAAGACCUGGGUCCAGUGUGGUAUUUCCAUGAAGAUUCUCACUGCCCUCAAAAAACAUGGCUAUGAGAAGCCCACCCCCAUUCAGACCCAGGCUAUCCCAGCCAUUAUGAAUGGACGUGACUUGAUUGGCAUUGCUAAAACAGGAAGUGGGAAAACCAUUGCAUUUCUCCUGCCCAUGUUCAGACACAUUAUGGAUCAGAGAGCGUUGGAAGAAGGAGAAGGUCCCAUAGCUGUCAUUAUGACACCGACUCGCGAGCUGGCUCUGCAGAUUACCAAGGAGUGCAAGAAGUUCUCUAAGACGCUUGGACUUCGAGUGGUCUGUGUCUAUGGGGGGACAGGAAUCAGUGAACAGAUAGCUGAGCUCAAAAGAGGUGCUGAAAUUAUUGUUUGCACGCCUGGGCGUAUGAUUGACAUGUUAGCAGCUAACAAUGGCCGGGUGACAAACCUCCGCAGGGUCACCUACGUUGUGCUGGACGAGGCAGACAGGAUGUUUGACAUGGGCUUUGAGCCACAGGUGAUGCGCAUCGUGGACAAUGUGCGGCCCGACCGCCAGACUGUCAUGUUCUCUGCCACCUUCCCCAGGGCCAUGGAGGCCUUGGCUCGCAGGAUCCUCAGCAAGCCCAUCGAGGUGCAGGUCGGGGGCAGGAGUGUUGUGUGCUCUGAUGUGGAACAGCACGUGAUUGUCAUAGAAGAGGAGAACAAGUUUCUGAAGCUGCUGGAGCUGCUGGGGCACUAUCAGGAGAAGGGAUCAGUUAUCAUCUUUGUGGAUAAACAAGAACACGCUGAUGGCUUGUUGAAAGAUUUAAUGAGAGCCUCUUAUCCCUGCUUGUCUCUGCAUGGAGGUAUUGAUCAGUACGACAGGGACAGCAUCAUCAACGACUUCAAGAAUGGAAUUUGCAAACUUCUGGUGGCCACAUCUGUAGCAGCCAGGGGCCUGGAUGUGAAGCAGUUGAUGCUGGUGGUCAAUUACAGCUGCCCCAACCACUAUGAAGAUUAUGUGCACCGAGCAGGCCGGACUGGACGAGCAGGCAAUAAAGGCUAUGCAUACACGUUCAUUACUGAGGACCAGGCACGCUAUGCUGGGGAUAUCAUUAAGGCUUUGGAAUUGUCUGGGAACCCAAUUCCUCCUGAUCUGGAGAAGCUCUGGGCUGAUUUCAAAGACCAACAGAAAGCUGAAGGAAAGCUGAUUAAGAAAAGCAGUGGAUUCUCUGGGAAAGGUUUUAAAUUUGAUGAAACAGAACAGGCUUUGGCUAAUGAAAGAAAAAAGCUUCAGAAAGCAGCUCUUGGCUUGCAAGAUUCUGAUGAUGAAGAUACAGCUGUUGAUAUUGAUGAACAGAUUGAGAGCAUGUUCAACUCAAAGAAAAGAGUGAAAGACAUGGCAGCACCGGGCACAUCAAAUGCCCCCACACCGUCAGCUGGGAACGCAGAGAAACUGGAGAUUGCUAAGAGGCUGGCACUGAGAAUCAAUGCCCAGAAGAACCUCGGAGCAGAGGCACAAGUCUUGGUCCCCUUCCACUUUAAGGAUGUGAUGCAGCAGGCUACAAACGCUAUCCUGAGAGGAGGCACCAUCCAAGCUCCUACUGUGUCUGCCAAGACCAUUGCAGAGCAGCUGGCUGAAAAGAUCAAUGCUAAGCUCAAUUACGUGCCCAUAGAGAAGCAGGAGGAAGAGAAACAGGAUGGAGGACAAAAUGAAUCCUUCAAGAGAUAUGAGGAAGAACUGGAGAUCAAUGACUUCCCACAGACUGCCAGAUGGAAAGUUACCUCCAAAGAAGCACUACAGAGGAUCAGUGAAUAUUCUGAAGCUGCCAUCACCAUCAGAGGAACUUACUUCCCUCCAGGCAAAGAACCCAAGGAAGGAGAACGAAAGAUUUACCUGGCUAUAGAAAGUGCCAAUGAACUGGCUGUACAGAAAGCAAAGGCAGAAAUCACACGACUUAUAAAAGAGGAGCUCAUCAGAUUGCAAAACUCUUACCAGCCCACCAACAAAGGCAGAUACAAAGUUCUAUGAGUGUGGGCUGCCUGUCUGCAGCGGCUGGUGCGUGCCCCUCGCCGGUUCUGUGCUUCGUGCUGCUUGGACAUUCACAACUUUCUUCUUUUGUCUUGUGGACAUUUUUUAUCAGAAAAUUUGCUGAAACAUCUUAGUUCUCUCUGCUCCAGUGAUCAGUCUUAAAGCAGCCCGGGGCUCGGGGCAUGGUUUAAUUUAAAGUGCAGUUUCUACACCUUUCACCCUGAAGAACAGAGAAUAAAGCAGAUUUUAACUUUUCUGACAGCCUGCAGCGUUCAGUACCUGAGACCACCUUGGGCUUCAUCUUGAAGCUGCACCUGCUCCACGCUGUGGGGGUGGGGUCACACCAUAGCAGUUCGUACUGGAACAGUGAUCAAAGCCCUGAGUAAAGGCAGGAUUUCCUCAUCCAGAGCAUCUCUGGCUGGUCCCACACACACUCAUUCCCUCUACCAAUGCUCCCCUAGAGUCAGAGAGUCUCUUGCAGUGAUCAGAGUGGAGAACUUUACCCAAGAAUGCUUGAGGUCUACUUUUAAGAUCUUCUCACAUCCUAGUUUGUCUUUUCUCAUCCAGGUAAUGAGUAACUCUUUGGGUUUUUUUGUAAAGUGAAACGUUUUGUAGUACAAAAAUAGUUUUCCUGUUUGGUUUUUUUCUGAAUGUCAGAAUUCUAGGAUUUGAUUUAUUUUUUCCCUCAUUCUCUGACAUAGGAAUGAAUGAAAUCCUGCUUAGUUUAAAAGGAAAUGGUCAGGAAAAAAAAAGAAGAAACUUCUUUUGUAAUAAAAGAUGACUUUGUCACUUUUUAUAGUGUUCUCCUGUGCACACUUAAUGUGAUUCCCCUGGCGUUGUGUCAUUGUUACUGUUAGGACAUGGUUUUCAGUAACACUGCCUGUGGGUGAAUGCCACAGAUCCUGACUGUCACUGCAGUCGGUAAGCUGCUGGGCCAGGCAAGCCCUUUCUGAAGUCUUACCCUAGCCAUUAAUGUUCACAAGGAACACUUAACCACUCUUCAGCAUUUCACUUUCAUGUCUCCUCCCCUGAAGCAGUAGUAGUUUGAAUUGUCUCAUUCCAGCAGCUGCAGGACUUCACAGAUGAUGACUGCCAAAAGGACUUACAGAGAAAGUUUUCCUUGCCUGCCAUGCUGAGGAGAAAUGUGUCCUGUGGAGCCAGCUGCAUAUGGACUGCUGUAGCCCUGGAGAGAGCAGGUUCUGCAGCCUGCACCAUGGUUCUGGACAUCCACAACUUCUGUUCUCAAGUGAUCUCGGUGACUGUGACUCUGCUGUCAGUGUGUCUGCGGCACAGGAGAAGAGAGGUUGUACCAACACUGGCAGUCCACGUUUAGGGAAGGAACACCCAAUAGUGGCCAGGGGUAAUCCACUGAGUGAAACAGAGAAGCAGCACAUGCAGUGCCCCUGCUCAGAGUGCAAGAUCUCAAAGCCCUGUGGUUCCCUUAUGUCCAGCGUCCACAUAGAUGGGUGGCAUAUGCUGGUGUGUUUAAUGAAGAGCACUGCCAGUUUGGACAGCCUGACCCCUCCUCAGUAUCCUCCUUUCAGAACGCUCAGCUAUCUCUCUGCUGUCUCUUCCAAAAGGCACGGCAGAAGCACUGCUGGGAUGUGCACUGCUGGCUGCCAGAGCUGUCACAAUGGGUAACCUUUGCCCUCCAGGGCUUUUAAAUGCAAUGCCAAUAUUUCUGGGUUUAAAUUCCAGCAGAAAUAAAAAGUAUUUCAAUGUCUGUUUUUCAGAA